UUCUUUUAGAAGCGAAUCGUAAUACUCUGUUGUGACACUAAAUCAAAUAACAGAAAAUGGCAGAUGCUGGCCAAGAGGAUGGAGACAAAGGGCUGAGGACGAAAAAGCAGUCGGUAAUUGAAAUUCCGGCACCCGCAGAACUGGAUAUUCCAGAUGACACUCAUGGGAAAAACGGGAGUUUACCAAGCAGAUCUCGUCGGUCUGUUUGGUUUGGAAACAGUUUUGGUCCUUUGGGAAAAUAUGGAAAACUGAAAAAGACUCAAUUCGUUAUGGGAGCAAGCAAUUUGGAGGUAUGUUGUACCGAACAAAAUAAUAUAUACGGUAUUUUCCAAGCAAUUGAUACUCUUACACACUAUUGUUGAUAUUUUUGUGGGUUUUUUUUAAAUGUGUGGCUCCUCCAUUUUGCCUGAUAUGUAUCCAUUCAUUUGUUCGCUCCAUUAAAAUGUUUCCAUUCAUUUGUUCCUGCAACCUGUGAAGGGGGGGGGGGUAUUACAGUUUCGCGCCAGGUGGCCCUGGUUAUAAGCUCCAUUUGAAGAUUGCAUGCGUAAUGAAGCAUAGUAAAUUUGUCAUUGAGUCAGGCUUUCUGUUAUUGAAAAAUUAUCUAAACCUGGGAAAUCAGAACUGGAGUUCGCAUAUUAUACUGAAAUCCCAUCUUACGGUACGCAAAAAGACAAAACGGCCCAUGGAACGUAGCAACCAUAACUAUAGUAUACUACGCCGAACUGUCAAUUCAUUACUCGCAUGGGCCUCCAUACAAUGCAAGCCAUGUGAGGCACCCAAAACUCGCGAGUUAUGCACACAUGAAUACUGCAGCAAGCCGUAAAUGUUGCGCAGAAUCGUUUUUAUUAGAUCAUUGAAAUAUGUGCAAGCAAACAAACUUUAUUCAAGCAAAGCUACAAAUACUGAUACAUAGAGUACAAAACAUAUUAAAUUUACAGGAAUACUGGAUUAAGAAUUAAGAUUAUACUGGUUAUAAGUGAUCAAAUUGUUAGGACAUCGAGGCAAUACUUGGCUGUCAAUGAGAAUAUAACACAUGUGUAACUUCAUAGGACUUCGUGUCCUCAACUAUCCCUAGAUGUACACGUCAUACCCACACCAUGACGCUUGCUAACGAAAUGGCGUCCGGAAAAACACGAACUUUUCCACUUUUUGCGGCCUUACUGGAUCGAAAUUUUUGGAUUAAACAAUCAAUGUUGAACGUUUAAAGUUGUUGAAAGCAAUUAAAGUUAUUGAAAAGGUGUUGAAAUCAUUUUUGAAAGCAAGACGUAUUACCAAAUGACGAAUUAUCGUACUGCAGUUGACUGCGCACUAGCUUAACAUGCAGAGAGUCUUUGACCGCAAAACGCCUUCAGUUGUCUAUAAGGCUGAAAUUACUGCACGCGACGUUGGGGGAACGAAUGAGUAAUACGCCAGGUGCUUUUAAGAAACGAUUUGCAAACCACAAAAAAUCUUUCAGUAACAUUUGGUAUUCAACUGAAACGGAGCUUUCCGCGAAAUAUCCCUAAAGAAUUUACCAUCAUGCAACUUUACCGAAAUUAUACGUGUCCCUGCGCGUAUAAAGCUGAAGGAAAAUGUUGCAAACUUUGCCUUGAGGAGAAACUCUGCAUGCUUGCUGUCAGUCCAUUACUGUCGGGGAGGGUCUUGCGUUAAUGGUUUCCAGUUUUAUAGACUUAUUACUAUUCAUACUUUUUGAAUUUUCUAUAUACGUCUAACAUUAUACGUUUAGUUAUAGUUCUCUAUUAAAUGCAGACAAUGCAGGUACCUAUUCUUUUAAAUAGGGGUUUGCUGAGCAUCUAUUCGAGCUUUUUGACGUUGAACAACAUGGUUAUGUCAGCAUACAAGAACUUGUUGGUGGCUUGCGGCUCCUUUGGCAGUAAGUACUAUAAAUAUUAAUUCAUUUUAUAUCCCUGAUUUAUUGAUAGCAUUUUAUCAACUCAUUUUUUAAAUACAGC